UUCUGGACAGGGGCCCACAGGGCCCAGGAGGGUAUAAAGGGCCAGAUAGAAGGGGGACCAGGCACCGCAAGAAUCCCCAGUGCUGGGACCAGGCCACAAGACUCUCCAGGCCAGGAGCUCUUGACUCCCCAGCUAGAAACCAUGCUGCUGUGGCUGACCCUCACCCUCCUGUGGAGCAGCACCUGCUGGGCAGGACAGAUCUAUGGAUCCGGAGGAGGCUGGUAUUUCAGUACCUCCAAAGACAAUGGAAAUGAAAUAACCGGGAUUCGAGUGUGUAUAGGUGCUGUGGGCAUAGUUAAGAGCAUCCAGGUGAGGUAUGGCUCCUCCUGGAGUGAACGCUAUGGAGUUGCAGGUGGGACGUGCCAGGAAUUCCUCCUGCAGCCAGGCGAACACAUUACAGCAGUCUACGGCUCCUACAGGCUUUUCCUCCGGUACUUGGUGAUUUACACUGACCAAAAUAAGUGGACUGUAUUUGGAGAGAAUGGUGGCAGGAACUUUUUUGCCUUACCUGAUGGGAGUGAGAAGGUGCUCACUGGAAUCUAUGGGCAGUAUAAGUUACUGGGCAUCUCCAGCAUAGGCUUUGAGUGGGAUUAUCCUCUAGUAGAGAUGACCACUGUCCAACCAUCUAGUACCUCAGCCUGAGGAGACUGGUCACUCUUUGUCUGCAGGGCUGGGCUGUGGGUUACCCUGCGAUGCUGUCUGGCUGGUUGUGGGCUGACUGCACAGGAGUCUAGAUUGAGACCUUGAAUCAGAAUCCGCAAAUAAAUAAAGCUUCUGCUGGAACAGUG